CGACGUGGGUGACUGCGAAUCGAGGGGGCGGAGCUCCUCAUCCAUUUCCUCAAUGUGAAGUUCUUUUAGACAUUGCGCAUAGUCUUGGAGAAAUCGGGAGACGUGAUGAAUGAGGAACUUGUGGUGCGUCUCAACGACAAAGAAUACGCAAACUGGCUGAAAGCGGGACAAUGUCUGUACAUCCUGAAAGACGCCCUCCAUCCCUACACCGAUGAGCAGAUGCGAGUUUUUCACCGAGCUUUGCUCCGUGACAACCCUCGUCUCGGUGAACAAUGCCCACGAUCAUGUCAGUCCGGGGACGUUAAGCUUUCCAGGGCAUGCGGGCUGUGUUUACAGUGGAAGUCUGAGAUCCUCCGGCACCACAGACAACCCGGUUCCACCCUCAACUGGGACAACUGUACUCCUCCUGCGUGGAGGACAAACCACUGGGAGUUGGCCAAGGCUUACAUGCCACGAGGUCAGGCCCACAUCAAUGCGGCACAUCAGUGCGAUCCUUCUGCGCUGCUCAACCUCAUCAACUUCUGUGACCUUUUUGCCUCUGUGGGUGUCCAUUCGUCUCAUGUGAGAGAGCUGAUCAGAUGCAGGAACGAUCUGAUGCAUUCUCCUGACCUGCGUGUGAAGGAGGCGUGGAUGAAAAAAUUCAAGGUUGUACUGCGACGUUUUGUGCAGCUGUUCAGCCAAGUACCCAGCAUGGCGCAGGUUGAACCAAAGCUUGCUCAGAUGCUGGCAGUCGAUUUGUCAAUAUGUGCUAUGGACGCUGUGGAUUAUCAUGGCAUGGCACUAGCUGCUGAUUCUUUGGAUUGCCAUAUCCAUCUGAGGCCUGAAUCAAUCGGCCAAUGGGAAGCUGACUUACUCCAAGAGAGGCUGCGGGAGUUGCGGCAUCUGGCUGAAGAUGAGACCGUGGACACCGAGCAGCUGCUGAUGCUGGACGGUUUCCUGCAAGAAAACAAAGAUCUGGGCCAGAGGUUUUCUGCGGAGCUGCAGGCCAUCAGCACACUGGGGACUGGACAAAAGAAGAGCUGACCAACCGUCCAGAGAUUUGGGCCAAAAAUGAAGGCACGUUUGAAGGUUUGACUGUCAAUGAUCUCUACAUUACGUUUUUAUGUACUAUGUUCCUACUUCGGACAUUUUUUCUUAAGGUUGAGAAGUACCAUAUGCGACUUUUACAGGUAGAAACUCCCAAAAGGCAGAUUCUGAAAUGUAUUUUGAUCCAUUUUUAAAUGAGAAGUGCUUUGGCUCCUUUCUUUAUGUUGCUAUCAAUAUAUCUCUUGCACUAUUGUUCAUAUUGUAUCGCUAUAUUUUCUUGACUGUUAUAGUACAUGUGUAUUAUGCAACAAAUAAUGUUCCUCAAUACCAUCGCUGAAAGCAUGAACAACAGUAUCCUGGAAAAGUUUCAUUUCUGUUAGAUGCUGGAAUUGUUAAAAAAAAAAAAAUUGGGGCGUCAAUUGGAUGGGAGCCAUUACAUAGUAAUAAUGCCUGUGAUUGAAAUGAUUUUGACUUGACUGUGGAAAUGGAGGCUCAUUCAUUUUCAGGUCCCUUUGAGAGAAGCUCAGAUUCCUUUUGAUGGCUAAUUGAGGAUGAUCCUUUUCAUGGAUAAUUAAAACGUAAGGCUGAAGUUACUGUACCAUGACAUUUCCGAAUCACUUUGUGUGUCAUUGAUUGUGCAAAUGGCGACACUGCGAUCCAAAGGAGGAGAAUGAGCUCUUGCACAUAGAUUGCUUGCAUCUACAAUGUGUAUUCAGGCAGUGUUGUUGGCCAACGGCGCGUUCAUCAAGCGGACAAACUGAAAAUGAGAAGAGUAUAACGCAGUAAAGGGACAUCCAUCACCGGUGUUCUGUCAUUUGUGUCAAAUUACAAAAUCAUAUCAGGACCCAAAAA